UACUCCAAAAUUGCACAUUAGCAUAAAGGAAGAUGACUAUGUACUAUUUACAGCUAUAUAAUUGCAGUAUUAUGGGAUAUAAAUAUGUGAAAAUGGGUUUUGUUCCAAAUACCAUAUAACAUGAUUAUCUUAUGCUUAGUCUAAGGGUGCAAAAAACUAACAAUCAUCAUCUAAACAGUUUUUUAUUAAGAAAACUCAUUAUUUAAUCAUCAGAUCUUCUCUCUGACUUAGUUAUUCAUAUUAUAUCACUAUAUAUAUAAAUCCCAGAUAAACAAAUUCCAGAUUACACUUAAAACUUUUUUUAAAGACUUUAUUUUUCAUUGGAAAACACAAGUUUUCAUCCUUCUUCUUUGAGUUUUUAGAGAGAGAAAGUCGUUGGAAAAAAAAAAUGGGUAGUGGAACUGCUCAGUUGCAAAAAGAGUUAGUUGAUUAUACUACUUCCUUGUUUGAUCAGGGGAUUCUCAAUGAUCAAUUUACUCAGCUUCAAUUACUGCAAGAUGAAAGUAACCCAGAAUUUGUUCUUGAAGUUGUUAAUCUUUUCUUUGAAGAUUCUCAAAGAUUACUUAAUGAAUUGGCUAAAUCUUUAGAACAAGAAAAUGUGGACUUCAAGAAGCUUGAUACUUAUCUUCACCAAUUGAAAGGCAGCAGUUCCAGCAUCGGUGCACAAAGAGUGCUAAAUGCAUGCAUUGCAUUUCGAAGUUGUUGUAAUGAGAAGAACAUUGAAGGGUGCUUAAACUAUUUGCAACAAGUAAGGAAUGAGUACAUCCUAGUGAAAAAGAAACUAGAAAGUUUACUUCAGUUGGAGCAACAAAUUGUAGCAGCCGGUGGAUCAAUUCCUAAGGUGGUCGGAGAUACUAAAUAAAUAACAAAUUUUCAGAGUAACUACAUGAUGGGGGCAUGGGACCACCAGAUAUUCGAAUAUUAGAGAUACAUUGUCUAUUUUAACAAAAAAAAAAAAAAACUCGUCCUCUUUUUUAUUUGCUUCAUUUUUCUUUUGAGGAUGUCCAAAAAAAAUUGCCCUAUAUCAAAAAUAAGUGUGGAGAACAGUCAAUUAUUCUCAGAGAUUCGUUAUAUUUGGUCCUACUGUUUUUGGUUUCAUCAAACCUACCCAACCAGAAUUAUAAGUACAUUGUUCAUAUGUUUCUUUUUAGUUUUUUGUAACUUUGUAUGACUUAUCUACUCUUUUGCAAAUUGUCGCGUUCAUAGUUGUUCUAUUUUUUUCUUUAUAAUAUUAAAUGGUGAAUAUUAUUGACUAAA